ACUGCUCCGCCGGAACGAACGACGGUCCCGGGACGUUGUUGUGUGAGAAACUAUUGCUAGCACGGAGGAAGCCCGGUCCCCAGGCCAUGGGGGCACAGUUGAGGCUGCCACCCGGAGAGCCCUGCCACGAAGGAUAUGUGCUGUCUCUGGUCUGCUCCAACUCUUCCCGGGCUUCGUGUGAGAUUACGAACGUGUCACAGCUGCUGGCUCAUCCUGUCGUCUACACGAACCUGAAUUCCUCCCUAACCAACUUCAGCGUUUCAGCAAGUGAAGAAAACAAAUACAGUCUGUAUGUGGGCUUGGUAUUGGCCAUAAGUUCCAGCGUUUUUAUUGGCUCAAGUUUCAUACUCAAAAAGAAGGGUCUCUUGCAACUGGCCAACAAGGGCAUUACCAGAGCAGGGCAAGGUGGACAUUCUUACCUCAAGGAAUGGUUGUGGUGGGCAGGACUCCUGUCAAUGGGAGCUGGAGAGGCUGCGAACUUCGCUGCUUAUGCCUUUGCACCUGCCACCUUGGUCACUCCACUGGGGGCUCUGAGCGUUCUCAUAAGUGCAAUAUUGUCUUCCUAUUUUUUAAAUGAGCACUUGAACAUUCACGGGAAAAUAGGCUGCAUAUUAAGCCUACUGGGGUCAACUGUGAUGGUUAUCCACGCCCCACAAGAGGGAGAAGUCACGUCUUUGCAUGAAAUGGAAAUGAAACUGAGAGAUCCAGGCUUCAUUUCCUUUGCUGUGAUCAUCUCCGUGAUCUCACUGGUGCUGAUUUUGAUUGUGGCCCCGAAGAAAGGACAGACUAAUAUAUUGGUCUAUAUUGCCAUCUGUUCUUUGAUCGGAGCGUUUUCCGUUUCUUCUGUCAAAGGCUUGGGAAUUGCCAUUAAGGAACUGCUGGAAUGGAAGCCUGUUUACAAGGACCCCCUGUUCUUCAUCCUGUUGGUUGUGCUCGCACUUUCAGUAACGACCCAGAUUAACUAUCUCAACAAGGCCCUGGACACUUUCAACACGUCUCUGGUGACUCCCAUUUAUUAUGUGUUCUUCACAUCCAUGGUGGUGACAUGUUCUGCCAUCUUGUUCCAGGAGUGGUAUGGCAUGAAAGCCGGAGAUGUCAUCGGUACCCUGAGCGGGUUCUUCACCAUCAUCAAUGGCAUCUUCCUUCUACAUGCUUUUAAAAACACCAACAUCACCUGGAAUGAGCUCAUGUCUACUGCUAAGAAAGAAGUCCUUUCUCCAAACGGCCAUCAGAGCAGUUAUGUUUUACUAGAGAAUGCAGACUUCUCAGCCUCUGGGUAUGAUGACGACAUCACCCUGUUUAGCAGGACUGAUGACCAAAGUAUCCAUAAACUUUGAACUUCAACCAAGAAACCUGAAGAGAAAUAAUACUUAUUCUUGGAAGGUCUAUUUGUGUGUUAGCAUGUAUGACACUGUACAAAUCUUCUGGAUGGGAGGCCAAGCAAAAAGCUCUUUUCUCUGUAGAGCCUCCAAAUUGGAAAAUCAACUUUAAUCUUCUCCUAGAAGAUUUGUGUCUUUCUUUUAUGUUUUCAAAACCACUGAAACAGUCACUGAGCUCAACAGAAGUCAAAGGUGUACAUUUGAUUUGGCACUGCCAAGAGGUGCUUCAUCCCUGCCUGGUCUUGGACUCAGGGUGACUAACAGAUCUGUUAACUGUCUUCUGACUGAGCGGAGUCUUGGAUGCCAUUGUCCCAUGAGUCAUAAUCUCAAGCUAUUAAAACUAAGAAACGGGAACACUGGUGUAUUGACCUCUGGUCUAAGCUACACAGCAGAUAGGCAAAAUGUUAAAGAACAUACUGGACUAAAAUGUUUAUGGCACAUAUUUUUCUUUUCUUUUUCCCAAGCACACACACAUGAUCAUGUCAGAGAAUUUAUUGGGUAAUGUCAGCAAAGCAUGUUUUCUGGAAAUCCCAAGUGACUUUAGCUUUGCAAUGACUUACAACAGCCAUUUUGUUCCUUUUUCUUUUUUCUUUUCUUUUUCCUCUCUCUCUCUCUCUCUCUCUCUCUCUCUCUCUCUCUCUCUCUCUCUCUCCUCUCAGUGUUUCGUAGGUGGGAUGUUUUCUAUCAGCUUGUUUUCUCACUUGUUUAUUUCAGACACACUCUUGCUAUGUGACCCAGGCUGACCUAAAGUUCACCGUUCCUUUGCUUCUAUCUCCUGAGUGCCUGGCUUAAAGGUGUGAACCACCAUGCCAGCUGCUUUUUGAAAAAACUACUGUUCCAUAGAUUUCUUCUUGUUGAUAUAGAGGUUUUGUAAAAACAAUCACUACACAAUGUGAAGUUCAUAGCCUGCCUCCAUUUUUCUCAAAGGUCUUAUCCAUAAAAGGUGGGUCAUCCAAAACUUAAAACAACUAACAUGUUCCUUGUACAAUCUUAAUGUUCUUUUAAAACUGGCCAUUUUCACCUUAAUAAGGAAAUUAUAAACACUUUCUAACUUUUCAGAAUGGGCACAGCCUACUGCUGUUUUCAGUGACAGAUGCCUUUUUUUUUCUGUUGAAUUCCUUAUGACCACACUUUCCAAUUCAAAUCAUUGAUAAGUGUGUAGGGAGAGAGAAAUUCCCUUUUUAAAAAAAAGUCCAAAGACAUGUUACAGAAAGAAUCAUUUGCUCGUUAAAAAUGUGCAUUUGAUUUCUCUGACUCCUUCUAGACUCAUGCCCUUAGAAUCUUCAACAAAAGUAACCGUUGCGUGCAGUAACUGCGCUGUGUGUUUGGGAGAGCUGAUAAUCCAUGGGUAUCCCGUGACUUAAUACCUCAAGGCAAACACAUGUUUACCAUCUGUCACUCACUCACUUUGGGUAGCAGAUAUAGAAGCUGUGAACACACGUUUGUAGAAAAUUAUCUUCUGAAAGGGUAGUAUGUUUGAAACCUGUACAGAUUCUUUUGCCGGUUUCCCUUGUUGCUUUGGUAACUCCACUGGGUUCCCCCAGGGUCUUCUCUUGGUGAGGACAUCAGUCAUCUGUCUUGACAUCUUUCCUCAGGUUGUGGCCAUUCUCCAUUCUAGUGAUCUUAACUUUUAGACAUUUAUUAAAUGUCCCUUGUUACUUGACACCUUAGCUGUCAAGUUUUGCCCUUGGUACAUUGUUCACAGGUCAAAGAUUCCUGGAACACAAGAAUUCAUGUGUCUUGGGUUAGAAAGCGAACUGGUGUUGCUAUAUACCAGGAGAAAGACUAGGAGAUUUAAUCAGUUGCCAUAUAUGAAGAAACAAUAAAAAAUGGCAGAUAUUUUCAGAGCUCUGGAAAGAUUGCUGGUGAGCAUAUGCAUUUUAAAAUUUUAAAUGUUACUAUAGAUCUAAUACCACAGCUGAAUCUUCCUCAAGUAGGAAGAUACUGCUCAAGAAAGUAAACUACCGUGUCCCUCUAUGAUAUUCGGAACUGCUGUCUCUUACUCGUGUGCAACUGAAUGUGUGCCCUUGUCAUGUUAUAGACACGAGUUAUGUGGUGGAUAUCAAUGUAUAUGUAAAGAAAAUGAUUUUGUCUUUUGAAUUAUAACUUCACUAUUAGGUCAAUGGUUAAUCAUUCUAUUUUUAGUCCAGAGUAAAAGAUAUGCAUAAAAUUCAAACAUUGGAUUAAGUUAACAUUUAUUUUUUUAAAAAAACAAAGGAAGAAAAUACUAAUUAACAUACAUGGAAAACUUCUUAUAGUGUGCCCAGUAAAUAAUAGGCAAAUCAGUAAAGUGGAUUCUCAUUGAACGGGAGUUCUAAUCCUUGUUCUUCUUAUGAGAAAGAGGAGGACCACAGAGCACAGGUUUGUGGGAAUUCUUCAUCGUUCCUCAGUUUCAGUCACAUUAUUCAUUUUAGACAAUCCGAGUGAAGGCAAAGUCAACAUUUUCCACUCUCCAUCACAAUACAGAACCAUUCCAACAAAAAUAUUUUCCCUCGAGAGGGGGAGUGCAGCUCAGUGCUCCCUCGGCAUGCACGCAGGCACUGGGUUUGAUUCUCAACAUGAGGAGGGAAAUAAUAAAACCAGUGGAACCAAACUAAAUGUCACCUUCACCUUUGAAAGCUUUGGAGGUGGGGGGAGGGGGGAGAAGGAUAAUAUGAAUAUGUUGAAUGUUCUCAAAUAUUUUUGAUAAACUGUUCAUAAAAGUUUAUAUUUUUCAACUGUUUAUAAGUACUAUUCAUUUUGGAUAGUUUAUACAUCUGUAAUGUUUCUG